AUGCGCGAGCUCGUCCACAUCCAGGGAGGGCAAUGCGGCAACCAGAUCGGUGCCAAAUUCUGGGAAGUUAUCGCUGACGAGCACGGAAUUGACCCUACAGGCACCUACCAUGGCGACUCCGAUCUUCAGCUCGAGAGGAUCAAUGUCUACUUCAACGAGGCGACUGGUGGCCGCUACGUUCCCCGCGCAGUCUUAAUGGACCUGGAGCCCGGCACAAUGGACAGCGUGCGCGCUGGACCUUUUGGGCAACUUUUUCGUCCGGACAACUUCGUCUUUGGUCAGACAGGGGCUGGCAAUAACUGGGCUAAAGGACAUUACACAGAAGGCGCGGAGUUAAUCGACAGCGUGUUGGAUGUGGUGAGAAAGGAAGCAGAGGGCUGUGACUGCUUGCAAGGCUUUCAACUUUGCCACUCGCUCGGCGGAGGCACGGGAGCCGGCAUGGGCACACUGCUUGUGUCAAAGGUGCGUGAGGAGUACCCGGACCGCAUCAUGGAAACGUUCUCUGUGAUUCCCAGCCCCAAAGUUUCGGACACCGUCGUGGAGCCAUACAACGCUGUGCUGAGCUUCCACCAGCUCGUCGAGAAUUCCGAUGAAUCUUUCCUGCUGGACAAUGAGGCCCUAUACGACAUCUGUUUCAGAACACUCAAGCUGACGACGCCGACCUAUGGCGACUUGAACCACCUGGUGUCCGCAGCCAUGAGUGGCGUCACCUGUUGCCUGCGCUUCCCCGGGCAGUUGAACUGCGACUUGCGCAAGAUUGCCGUGAACCUUGUGCCAUUCCCGCGACUGCACUUCUUCAUGACAGGCUUCGCACCCCUGACAUCCCGUGGGUCGCAGCAGUAUCGGGCUCUCACAGUUCCUGAACUAACGCAGCAGAUGUUUGACGCCAAGAACAUGAUGUGCGCAGCUGAUCCUCGCCACGGACGCUACCUGACAGCGGCGGCGCUUUUCCGCGGGCGCAUGUCCACGAAGGAAGUAGAUGAGCAAAUGUUAAACGUUCAAAACAAGAACUCGUCGUACUUCGUAGAGUGGAUACCGAACAACAUCAAGGCAUCCGUGUGCGAAGCUUGGCUCAUGACUGGGGCCGGGUUAGGAUCGGUUGGAUUUCCGAAAGCUUGA